AGGUGCUUUUUUUUUUGCGCCAUAGAAAUCCGUGAAAAUUCACGACGGAAAGAGGGCGAAGGAAAAUGGAGUCUCUUUAUGUCCGAAGUUACCCACCGGAAAUAAUCGUGGCUACAUAGUUCAACAUGCAUACUUUGUACACAUAGAGGCGCCACUAAAUGUCCUCCAGCUAAAAAAAAAAAAAAAAAAAAAAAUAGAGCUGCCAACAGCCGCUGAUAGUUGCAAGUGCGAGUGAUUACUGCGAAUUGUCCAAAUUAUCUACGAUUGGAGUUGGAAUUUUUAAGACUUUAGCAGACAGAAAGUGUGUGAUGCGAAAUGUGGCUAUCAGUUGUUAUGGCAGUUACGAUUCUUACAGAAUAAAAGAGGCCAAGUUUUGUAAAAAUAAUAUGUUUUGACGCACCAUAUUUGCGAAGAUGUUAGCUGAUUUAUCGAUUCUCUAACGUGCUUGACAGUUUAGCCGAAAAAAUGAUUUGUAUUUUUCGAUAUAAUUUCCGCAAUCGAUUCAUUGAGAGUCUUUAUGCAACACAAAAUUGAGAUCUAAAUUAUUUAUGUGAAAAGCUUCAUAAAAGUAAAUUUAAUGAUCCCAUGGAUGCGUGAUCAAAUAGCAGAAGCCUGGCAUAACAGAAAAAGUUCAAGGACGGCUGACAAGCGGUCCUUGGCCCUUUCUUCUGUCAGCGCAGGCAAUGCUACAAGCAAUGACACUAUGCUUAAACCAUUACCUACCUCGCCUGAAAACUUUUCCAUCAACGUUAUCAGCAUAGAAGGCAAUGUAUUAGAUGUUGCAAUAAAACCAAACUUUACUGUGGAAAAUAUUAAGAAAACAGCAGUGGUACAUUUUUAUGGUCAAGAUACAACCAAAUCUAUCUCAAACUAUCGCUUAGUUCAUUCAACCAAAUUUGUACAGCUUAAGGAUGAAAAUUAUGUAAGCGACGAGGAUAUCAAUGAAUGUGAUGAGUUAUUAUUAGUAGAAAUACGAUCACAAGAAUCAUCGGAGGAAGAUCUUAAAAGUCCAAGUCUAGAAGCAAUAGCUCAAGCUACAAGUAAUUUACCUAGUGUACGAAAUCCACCUAAGCCUCUGCCAUCUACAGAAUGCCCUGCGGAUUUCCAGAAUGAAAUCCGUAAGAUUUUAAUAACUCUGGUACAAGCAUCUGCAAAAAUCUUGAUGUACAGUCCUUAUGCUGAAAAAUUAUACGAUGAUAUUAAGGAGAAACUUGAAGCUAGGUGUAAUCCUAUUAAUGAUCUGAAAGUCAUAAAAAAUCUUGUAGAAAUGGGUUAUCCUCGUAAGAAAGUUCUUAAAGCGUUAUGUCUUCGAAAGUCGAAUAUGACAGAAGCUUUAGAAUGGCUUAUAGAACAUCAGGAUGAUUCAGAUGAUGAUUCAAAUGAUGAAAUAGAUUUCUCGCCUGCGAAUACAAUGACAGACACAGAUAUUGCAAAUCCUAGUUCUUCAAACACUAAGAAAAAGUCAUUUAAAGAAGCAUGUUUGGAACUGUUCAAAGUUGUGCAACCACCCAUUACUUUGUUUAUGGGAAUAGACAAAUUUGAGAAUGAAGAUCUUAUUAAAUGGGGUUGGCCUGAGGAUGUGUGGUUUCAUGUUGACAAAUAUUCGUCUGCCCACGUAUAUCUUCGACUUCGACAUGGUCAGACAAUAGAUGAUAUUCCUAGUACUGUAUUAGAAGAUGCUGCACAAUUAGUAAAAGCAAAUAGUAUCGAAGGGAAUAAAAUGAAUGAUAUCGAUGUUGUGUACACAAUGUGGUCGAAUUUGAAAAAGACACAAGGUAUGGAAGUUGGACAGGUUGGCUUUCACAAGGAUAAAGACGUUCGUAAAAUUCAUGUUGCUAAGCGAGUAAAUACUAUCGUGAAUCGUCUUAACAAGACAAAACGUUCAGAGCAAGUCAACUUUAGAAAUGAGAGAGAACAAAGAGAUAAGAACGAACGGGAAGACAAGAAGAAGCUUUUGAGAGAACAGAAAGAGAAAGAAAAGGCAGAAGAAAAGCGACGUCAGGAAGAAGCAGAGAUGAGGAGUUACAAUUCUCUAUUUAAUACAUCUAACAUGACUUCAAACACAGAAACCAGUGGAUAUGACUCAGAUGAUUUCAUGUGAUGAAGUUACUUAUAUUUGUGGUCCGUGCCUCAUUCUCUAUCAUUUCCAGUAAAAGGAUUCCAGAAUAAAAAGUGUAAAAUAUCUCUUUCAACAGUUCUUGUUGGAAAUACACAAUCGUACAUAUCGAUACCUAACGCACUGCAUACGAUUAAAUCUAUUGCGA